AUGGUGUUUUAUUUUAUUAGUAAUGUUGUGUCACCACCUUACACAUUGUUCAUGGGGUUUGACAAACAUGAGAAUGAGGAGUUGAUCAGAUGGGGCUGGCCAGAGGAUGUGUGGUUUCAUGUGGACAAGCUGUCUUCAGCCCACGUCUACUUGAGGUUACAUCCAGGAGAGACCAUUGAUGACAUUCCCCAGGCUGUGAUAGAUGACUGUGUCCAACUUGUGAAAGCAAACAGCAUUCAAGGGAACAAACAGAACAACUUGGAAGUUGUUUAUACGAUGUGGAGCAACUUGAAGAAAACACCCAGCAUGGAUGUGGGUCAAGUGGGUUUCCACAAAGAAAAAGAUGUUAAAAAGGUGAAAGUAGAGAAAAGAAGUAACGAGAUUGUCAACAGAUUAAAUAAAACAAAAACAGAAGAGAAACCCGACUUUAGGAUGUUGAGGGAGGAGCGAGACAGUAAGGAGCGGGAGAAUCAGAGACGUGUGCAGCAGGAGCAGAAGAUUCGGGAGAAGGAGGAAGAGAGGAGGAAGCAGGAGCAGGCAGAAACUAGGUCAUAUUCAACUUUGAUGAAAACUGAUAGAAUGCAAACAAACAAGGAUUUUGUAGGUGAUGAUGAUGAUUUCAUGUAA